CUGCUCUCCGGGCGCCGUCCCCUCCUCACCUCGAAGCCAACAUGAAGGAGACCCGGGGCGACGGGAGCGCCCCUUUCUGUACCCGCCUCAACUACUCUUACCCGGGCAUGUGGUCGCCCGAGCUCUCCGCCGCGGCGCAGGGCAACCUCACGGGUUCCCGGGACCCCCGCGAGGACUGCGGUUCCGUGUCGGUAGCCUUCCCGAUCACCAUGUUGAUCACCGGCUUCGUGGGCAACGCGCUGGCCAUGCUGCUCGUGUCGCGGAGCUACCGGCGGCGGGAGAGCAAGCGCAAGAAGUCGUUCCUGCUGUGCAUCGGCUGGCUGGCGCUCACAGACCUGGUCGGGCAACUGCUCACCAGCCCGGUGGUCAUCGUCGUGUACCUGUCCAAGCAGCGCUGGGAGCAUCUCGACCCGUCGGGGAGGCUCUGCACCUUCUUCGGUCUGACCAUGACCGUCUUUGGGCUCUCCUCGCUCUUCAUCGCCAGCGCCAUGGCCGUCGAGCGGGCGCUGGCCAUCCGGGCGCCGCACUGGUACGCGAGCCACAUGAAGACGCGCGCCACCCGCGCGGUGCUGCUCGGCGUGUGGCUGGCGGUGCUCGCCUUCGCCCUGUUGCCGGUGCUGGGCGUAGGCCAGUACACCAUCCAGUGGCCCGGGACAUGGUGCUUCAUUAGCACCGGGGAAGGAGGCAACGGGACUAGCGCGUCGCACAACUGGGGCAACCUCUUCUUCGCCUCCACCUUUGCCUUCCUGGGGCUCUCGGCUCUGGCCGUCACCUUCGCUUGUAACCUGGCCACCAUUAAGGCCCUGGUGUCCCGCUGCCGGGCCAAGGCCACCGCGUCGCAGUCCAGCGCCCAAUGGGGCCGGAUCACCACCGAGACGGCCAUCCAGCUCAUGGGGAUCAUGUGCGUGCUGUCGGUCUGCUGGUCGCCGUUGCUGAUAAUGAUGUUGAAAAUGAUCUUCAAUCAGACAUCGGUUGAGCACUGCAAGACUCACACUGAAAAGCUGAAAGAAUGCAACUUCUUCUUAAUAGCUGUGCGCCUGGCCUCACUGAACCAGAUCUUGGAUCCCUGGGUUUAUCUGCUGCUAAGAAAGAUCCUUCUUCGAAAGUUUUGUCAGAUCAGACACCACACAAACAACUAUGCAUCCAGUUCCACCUCCUUACCCCACCAGUGCUCCUCAACCUUGAUGUGGAGUGACCAGUUGGAAAGAUGAAAGAACGGAGCUGAAUUUUUAUUGAAAUUCCUGCUUGCCUGAGUUUAUGUAUUUCUUCCCACCUGAGAAGGAGAAUUUAUGUUUGAUUUGGAUUAUUUCUUCAUUUUCAUCUUUUAAAAAAAUUUAGUAUUUCUUCUUGUCAGUAAUACCCACUGAAACCAGGUUUAUUAUCAUGCUUUGUGUCUCUGAGUGUCAAAUUGGUUUCUGGGACUGGGUUUUGAGUACAUAUUUAAGAAGUUAGGCAUGAUUUCACAGAUAAUGAUUGGUGAAAAGUGUGAAAAAGAAAAACCCGUUUUCCGAGAGUUUUCCUCCGACUUCAAACCUUUGCCUGAAUCUCAACCAGUGCGGACAUCUUUACAUUUUAUGGUAGUCUUGAUCUUAUAACGAGUUUGAAAAAAAAUCAAUAUAAGCUUUCAACAAUGAAAAGUCAACAUUUUGAAAUCAAGAAUUCAAUGAAUAGGACAUAAACUUAAAUGAGAUAGAAAAGGGUUCCCAAAUGGAGGCAGGAGGGUGCCAUGAUAAAUGAUAUUUAUGCCAAAUGUGUGAUGAAUGUAUUGGAGAUACUGUGUCCCUCUGGGCUAAGCUUGGAACUAAGCAUCUCUAGGUCUGUGUUCUGGUUAUGUGUCGCAGUCUACUGGCAAUCAACAUAAGGUUUAUGUGUCUUUGAAGACUGAAAAGAGUGGAUGCAGCUAAGAGCUUUCCUGAAAUGUCACAGGAAACAAUACUGAGGCUACAUGAUUAACUAUUGUGUUAGAGCAGUAAAAAAAAUCCAGGCACAGCCUUCUGAUUUAUCACUAUCUGUUCAGGAUUUCUUAAAAUUUCUUCCCAGGUGUCACACAAAAAGGCAAAACUAAUAAGUGACAUAGUUAUUCAAUAGCAAAUUUUGUUACAUUUUAUAUAAAGGAAACUAUGUCAUCUGAAUUGAAAUGAGAAAUUCUAUGAACUUUUAACAAAUACUUUUGAGUCAUUGGAUGUCUUUCAGCUAAUGUCCUUAGCUGUUUGUAAAUUCAACCAAUCUUUCUUUCUCUUGCCUUUCUUCCCACCUCCGCACCUUCCUCCUUCCUUUUCCUCUUAUCAUUCACUUAAUGCAACACGUAUUUAUUGAGUGUCCUUCUUUAGGCACUGUGCUAAGGGCCAUGCUGUGACCUACAAGGACAUCUUAGGAAGACAUGAUAAUAUGGUACCAGUAGUUUUGCCAUAGAAGCCCAUACUGUGAUUCCACUGUCAUCUCUGUCAACUAGAUUAAACCAAAACAGUGAGUCAUUCCUUUAAGUAGUUGAAUCAGUUGUGGAUUAGCUGGAAAAUUAUAUUCAUUCGAACUUGUAUUUU